UUUUAAUAUUAUUUUUAAUAAUGAAUUUUGCCAAAAGGUUAAUGAGUUUAGGAAAAAAAUUGGUUAAUAGUGAGCGAAAAUUAAUUGGGAGGGGAAUUUUAAUAUUAGGGAGUUCUCUAUAGAGGUCUAGAUAUUGGGAGUUUAUGGAGCAAGAAAAAAAUAUAUGUUCGAGGGUACCCUCAUCAAGACCACAUUCGCAUACAGAGUUGUCACGAAUGUGAAUCUUGUACAAAAAAACUGGACUACUGCAGUGGCCGAGUCUAAGUCUACACAAGGACGUGACUGCUUGUUUUGGGAUUUUACGAAAUUUAAAAAACCAAGGUUUCCUCUGGAUGCUAGGUUGGACGGAAGCGUAGUAAGCUCCUUUACGCUGUGAGGUACUUUUCCAUAUUGAAGACCACGUGUCAUAGAGCUUUCGCUUUGUGUCGGCUCGGAUAUCAUAGCCGGGUAUAACAAAAUGAUGGCGUUCCACAUCACCUGACGUAGCAAACUUAGCCAACGCAUCAGCACAUUCAUUUCCGCGUAUGCCAGAGUGGCCAGGGAUCCAAACUAUUUCGAUAUUAAGCCCUUCAUUAUGACAGCACCAAAGGAGGUGUUUAAUAUCUACAACUAGCUGGCUAUGGAUUUUGGUGUGUAACUGAUUUUGACCUAAAGAUUGAAUACUACUACGGGAAUCUGAAAAAAUUACAGAAUUUUUAAUAUUAUGACUUCUAAUAAAUUUCACAGCUUCCAAGAUUGCAACGCAUUCUCCCGUGAAAACUGAAGCCUCUGGCGGACACUUAAAAAGCAUAGUUAUUCUGGAGUUCUGAAAAUAUGUUGCCACCCCUGUACAACCCUCUUGGGUCAACUUUGACGCAUCAGUGUAGAACACAUUCCAGCCCUUCCAAUACACUUCCAGUGCCCGCUCAAAGUUUCCAACAAUGUUUGCCGAAGAUUUUGAAAGACCUAACCCCAGAACAAGUUUCGGUUUAAAAUGGAUGGCUUCGUAUGCAGAAGAGAAUACAGGGAGAAUACCGUAAUAUAAUAUAUAAUACCGUAAUACCGGAAUACCGUAGAUGAUGCUAAAGCUUUGUAAACGUCAAAAGAUAUGUCAACUGUCACUGUCAAUUUGAUUAGAUGGUGUUAGCUGUUAUUUGCAAAAUCUAUUGUGUUCAUUCGUUAUCACAAAUUUUCCUUAUUUAUCGAUACACACAUUUUGCGUCAAUUGAUGAAAAUUCGUUCAUUGCUGUGUCAGAUAUCCGGCAGCAAUGUUGUGUGAAAACAGAGAAUUAUGCCUCGUCGUUUUUGGGGUCUAAGGAGGCUGUUAAGAAUGCCUUUAACAGAGACUGGGGACCAAUAUUCAAUAUGGGUGGGUUUAAUUUAUGUCUUCAACUUAAUUGUUGGCACUGGAGCCUUGACCCUUCCGGCAGCCUUUGCGCGAGCAGGAUGGGCUCUCAGCACAAUAUCCCUGAUGUUCCUUGCAUUCAUGAGUUUCUUGAAUGCUACUUAUGUGAUAGAAACUAUGGCUUGUGCUAACGCUGUGUUUAAAUGGAAGAGGUUGCAGACUAUCAAGAGGGAGAGUAUCCAAGACCAUGAAUCAGAUGACGACCCAUCAACGUCACAGAACAACCACGGUGACCUUGAAGAGCCACUGGUCUGUGGUGAUACCAUCCCCUCUCGAUACUACAGCCUCGACCGGCGUGUGGAGCUGGGAGAGAUGGCCAACCUAUUCUUCAACAAACUCGGCAGGACCACUUUCUAUUGCACCCUGUGUAUUUACCUCUAUGGAGACCUGUCUAUAUAUUCGGCAGCUGUUGCGAAGUCUGUUAUGGAUGUAGUGUGCUCCCCGAUUCCUCCGAACGUGACUGACUCGAAGAUGUGGGAUGAGCUGCCGUGCUUCAACGCUUCUACUGCGGAGCACACCGGGUACACCCGGCUGGACACCUACAGGGUCGCUCUGCUCACAUUCGUCGCAGCCAUGGGUCCCUUCGUCUUUUUUAACGUUCAGAAGACUAAAUACCUGCAGCUGUUUACUUCGGGCAUGCGGUGGUUGGCAUUCACAAUAAUGAUCUCAAUGGCGAUCCACCUGCUGGUGGGUCGCGGGCCGCAGGGCCACCCGCCUCCGUUCGACGUGACGGGCAUGCCCACGCUGUUCGGCGCGUGCGUGUACUCGUUCAUGUGCCACCACUCCCUGCCCGGCCUCAUCGCACCCAUCCGCGGCAAGACGAGGCUCGGCCUGCAUCUGUUCUUCGACUACGCACUCAUCGCCAUCUUUUAUCUGCUCCUCGCGUUCACUGGCGCCUUCGCCUUCGCACAUCUAAACGAUCUAUACACCCUUAACUUCAUACCAGCCGACAACGACAACAUAUUCCUAGAAAUCAUCGAAUAUUUCCUCGCACUGUUCCCAGUCUUCACUUUGUCCACCAGCUUCCCAAUCAUCGCUAUAACUUUAAGAAAUAAUUUACAAAGUCUCUUCCUUGACACCUCAAGACUUGAAUCUUACAAUUUUAUUUUGAGGAAAGUGAUAUUCCCCAUAGUAACUGUGGUUCCUCCAGUAUUGCUUACUUAUUACUUAGAAGAUAUAAGUGUUCUGAUCGAGUUUACGGGCUCGUACGCUGGGACGGGCAUUCAGUACUUCAUUCCUACGUUCUUAGUGGUGUCUGCGAGACGCCACUGCACUAACUUGUUAGGGUUAGGAGUAGUCAAUAAGUAUAAAAGUCCAUUUUCCCACGUUGCGUGGGCGAUCUUCGUCCUGUUGUGGUCGUUUGUGUGUAUAAUUCUAGUGUCAGUACACAUAUUCGAGAAGAACUCAUGACAUUAAUUGUAAUAAAUUGCGUGAAGCAGAUUUUGUUUCGUAAAGUGAGAACUGUGGGAAGUAUAAGGAGUGAGCUUAAAGGCAGGUUGGUCUACAUAUAAACUGAUUAGGAUACGUUUUUUAAUGUCUAUUAAUCAUUGUUAUUUUACCCAAAUCAAAUAAAUCUUUAACUCAAUCUAUGUAGGUAUAAGAAGUCUGCUAAAACGACAAUAUAUUCCUUAUGUGUUCAUAUUUCUCCUUCGCUGUGCAGUCGACAAUAUAUCCUGUUUAAUUACUAUAGGUACCUAUGGAAUAUAUUGUCGAUAGCACAGCCAUUGUAUUUUUGUAUCAAUGUUUGCCAUAAAAUAACUCUAUCGGUAACAAUCAUUAACAUGUAAUUAUAAACAAAGGUUAAUUUACUUAGAUAUCUGCUAUUUGUAUCGAUAUGAAUGUAUCAAUGUGCGCAGUUUUAAUAUAUUCGGCAACUAUAACUUAAUAAUUAAGUUUUACAAAUCGCGCAAAAUCCAUUUGUUAUCUCUUAAAUUAAAAACGUAAUCUAACUUAUUUGGAUCGAUUUCCUGGAAUUGUUACUCGGGUUUUUCGAAUAUAUUCCGAAAAAACCCAAUGCAUUUGUUAACAGUUUUUGUAAUAUUAACUUUUUUACAACGUCCUAUUUGUAAUAGAUAUAAUAUCUUGUUCCUAAGGAUUUCAACAACCUCUCCUAAACCAUCUUUAACUAAAAGUUACUUAGCACAUAAACUAUAACCCCUUACUUGUACUGUUAGGUGUCACUUAUAGAUUGGUGAAAAGUAAAACCUAUCUUAACUUAGGGGUUACCUAAAAUUUAGAAGAGGUCGUUGAAAAAGUAAAAUUUUUUUGCUAUAAUGUUACCUAAUUCCCAAAGAAUGAAUUUCUAUGCUUUAUAAUAAAGAGAUUUUUUAUAAUUAUUUAUUUAUUGAUUUUGCUAAUAAUGUAAUUUUACAUUUUGAUAUUUCAGUUUCGCACAAUAAUUAUGUAUGUUGGUUGUUGACCAAAAAUAUAUACGAAUAAUAAAUGUUAUAGAAAUUAGCAUGUAUAACUUGUUGUAUUCCUGUUUAGACAUUUAAUAAAUUGUGAUUAUAGAUUUAUUGUCAAUGUGAAAUCAAUUACGUAUAAUGUCAAUGUGAAAUUAAUGAUUGCCUCGUUGGUCGAGUGGUUGCGAGUGCGACUACUGGGCAAAGCAUUACUGGGUUUUA